AUGACGAAUUCCAAGCCACACAUUUCGACUUGGCUCACCAUAUUCACCCUGUCGUACGCCGCUGAGAGAAAUACUCUGAUGGGUCAAUUCUUGCCAUGGCAUCGUCACUUUGUGACUUUGUAUAACAAGGCUUUGAAGGAAGAGUGCGGUUACAAGGGUCCUGGAACGUUCUGGGACUGGACUCGUGAUGCUGACGCCUCCGUCCCAUUCGCCGAUUCCCCCGUCUUUGACAACGUUCACGGCUUCGGAGGCAACGGUGUUCCAGGAACGUACACUCCUCCAGGACCCCUCCUCCACCGUCGGGUAUAUGAGCGUGUGGGACCGCGCUGUAAGCCUCCGGCCUUACACCUCCCUCCCUUCCCAGGCGCCGACUGGCCAGAGGACGUCCCCUUCCCCGUAGGCCAGCCCUUCCCAGGCACAACCUUCGGACCUACCGCUCCCACAGGCUGCGUCCAAACUGAUCCUUUCAAAGACCAUGUCGUGCCUCGUUCGUGGGAUCUACGAAGACGUCCAGCCAACUUGAACAGCACCGCUCUCGCCGCUACGCUCGCCCAACCAAACUUUGAGGCGUUUAGGAUGUUCAUCGAGGUCAGCGCUGCGCCUCUCGCUGUCAGCUCGGGUAUCCAUAUAUUGCUGGACAUGGAGUUCCCUCUGUUCUACCUGCACCACGGGAACCUCGAUCGUGUCUGGGCAAAGUGGCAGAGCGCUGACCCAGCCCGCCUAACUGAUAUCGGUGGAUACACCACUGCCUGGCCUCCCUUCACGAACACCACUUUGCAUUUCAUGAUGCCAUUCACGACUCUUCAAGAACCUAUUGCGAUUCGCGAUGUCAUGAACACUGAAUCGUACCCUUGGUGCUUCAAUGUAAAUGGAACUAAGGGCUACUUUGUAUGCGUGGACUUUUGGUCGAGCUUCCGAUUCGAUGAUUAUCUGGGCCGUGUAGAGGACGUCUUUUGGGUCAAGUUCGGAUGCUCCCUUUCACCCAAUAUUUCCCAAAGUACCCCGUCAUGUAGUACCUUCACAGGGGAGGUCCCGGACUGGCGGGAAGGCAAACAUGAGGAGCGAGUGGAUCCGGAGUCGAUUCGACUACGAAACCGUAUUCGUUAG